AUGAAUGUCUGUGUGCCCUGUAGGCGUGCCAGUCAGGUGCAGGAUGCGAGCACUGGGAUGCCCGGCUUGAUGCCGCUGCAGCGUUCCGAGGCCGUGCCGAUACCGAGCCGAGGCAGACUUGCCACCCCACCCCCUGAUGAGCUGCUGGACGAGUCGAAGCCGAUUGGCGGUGAGCUGAUUGGGGGCAGGCAGCUGGAGCCGGAGUUGCUGGCAAUCGCCGAGAACUUUGAUCCGUUGAGCCAAGCCGAUGGCUUCUCGCCGUACUCCUCGCCCGAGCGCGACGUCUCCACCCGCUGGUCCUCGUCCACCGUGUCCCCAUCGCCCCCACCGCUGAGGCCCAAGGUCAAGGGUGCAGGAUCCAAAGGGCAUUCGGGGGCUGGCAAGGGCAGAGGAAAGAGCUACGACCCGGUCUUUCCAUACCCCGUAGAUAUUGCCAUGCAUCCGCUGCAACGUGUUCACUAUAUCUUCAGUCUGGUGGACAGCAUGCACUUGCAGCUGGAGGAUCAGAAGCGCAAAAUGUCCGUGGAGCUGCCGAAGAAGAACGCCACUGGAGCUGUGCCCAAGACCAAGAACAAUCCGAAGGAAAUGGUAAAGGAAAAUGCACAGGAAAAGGAAAAGGAGAAUCUAAAUUUGAAUCUCAAAAAGAAAACCAAACCGAGCAACAUGACUCCCAGUAGCCCGGGAAAACAGCUUCAAUCUAAUGCCAGCAGCCAGGCAAAGCCCAAAAAGCAUUACAUCAUGAAUAUCCAGGAGAAACCCAUCAAUCUUUCAUCGAAAACUAAUUUUCAGCACAUGCUGGAGAAAAACUCGAAGCAGCCGAUUGUGAAGCGUCGACAGGACCAGGAAACCGAACCGCUCCUCGACUUUGACACUGAGUGCGAGUUCGGCAUGGAGCACCUCGAGCAGUACCGGGCCAAGGCCUCGCGUCGUGACUACGGUGGCCCAUUCGAUAGUGGCGAAGAAUACAGCUCCGACAGCUCCCCCGAGGAGCAAACUUCCAAGAAGAAGCUCGCCAUGAAGCCGAAAAGUAAGAACAAAUCCAUUGUUGUGGUUGCCACAAUUCACUCGGAGCCACGCAACUCUGACGACGAAAAUCAGGAGAAGGCUGGCGUUGAAAAUUCGGCUGGAUCCUCCGCUCGCAAAGGUGCCGGCGAAGGUAUGCUAAUUCCUCCUCCAGAGUGUUUUCCAUACGAUUUGCGCAGCAAUCGCAACCGUCGCGCUGCCAUGACUCCACCAUCUUCGGAUGACUUGAUCCAGAGAGAUCCCAAAUCUACAUCGGCCUCCGGCUCUGCCGGGGGCAUGCAGUUGCCACGCAAUUCCCAUGUGGCCUGUUCUUCACUGAGCGUCAUCGACGAGCAAACACCGAAUACAUCUGCCUCCCGCUAGGAACUUCCUGGAGCGCAGCAAUUAAAAUAUACGAAAUAUAUACACACCAAAUAUCUAUCAAUCAAUUAAUCAAUCAAUCAAU